AUGGCAUAUUUGAAGAGCUUCAAUGGCAGAACCUUUUCUCUGACUUGGUGGGGCAUCAAUGGCGGCAAAGAAGAUGGGUUUCUCGGGUUCAGUGUUGGCGUUGAUAAGCAAUAUCUUGCCGCACCUGUAAAAUCAGCUGUCGACAAAUUUCAGCUUCUUCCCGAGUUCCUGAAGGUUAGAGGAUUGGUGAAGCAACAUUUGGAUUCGUUUAACUAUUUUGUGAAAACCGGCAUUAAGAAAAUCGUUCGUGCAAAUGACCGUAUUGUGGCGUCAAAGCACCCGAGCAUAUAUUUAAGGUUUAAGGAUGUCAGAAUUGGUGAGCCUUCAAUAAUGGUAGAUGGUAGUCCAGAGAAAAUUACACCACAUACAUGCCGCUUAUCUGACCAGACAUAUACGGCUCCAAUAUUGGUUAAUAUUGAGUAUAUUCAAGGAGGCCCUGGUCAGAUGGCUAAAGUGGAGAAGAAUGAUGUUGUUAUUGGAAGGAUGCCUAUUAUGUUAAGGAGUUGCUGUUGUGUCCUGUAUGGGAAAGAUGAAGCUGAACUUGCAAAACUUGGUGAGUGCCCUCUUGAUCCUGGUGGGUAUUUCAUAAUCAAAGGAACAGAAAAGGUGAUGUUAAUGCAAGAGCAACUUUCAAAGAAUAGAAUAAUUAUUGACACAGACAAGAAGGGAAACAUCACUGCAUCUGUUACAAGCAGUACGGAAGCAAUAAAAUCCAAAACAGUUGUUGUGAUGGAAAAGGAGAAGAUUUGGUUGCAAUUAAAUCAAUUUCCUAAAAAGGUCCCUAUUAUGAUUGUAAUGAAAGCUAUGGGGAUGGAGAGUGAUCAGGAGGUUGUACAAAUGCUUGGAAGAGAUCCCCGUUAUAGUUCACUACUUUUACCGUCUAUUGAGGAAUGUGCAAAAAAUGGUGUAUAUACUAAAGAGCAAGCGCUGGAGUAUCUAGAGUCAAAGGUCAAGAAGUCCAUGUUUGCAAGUGAUUCAUUUGAAAGGGAAGGCAGAGCAUACUCUGUCCUGAGAGAUGUAUUUCUUGCAAAUGUGCCAGUGCAUCAGAAUAAUUUUAGGCCAAAAUGUGUAUAUGUUGCUGUUAUGAUCAGACGCAUGAUGGAUGCUAUUCUAAAUAAGGAUACCAUGGAUGACAAGGAUUAUGUGGGGAACAAGCGGCUGGAGUUAUCUGGCCAAUUAGUAUCUCUUCUUUUUGAGGAUCUCUUUAAGACGAUGAUAAGUGAAGUUAAGAUGUACGUUGAUAAAUUCUUGGAGAAGAAUAACAAGACAAACCGCUUUGACUUUUCUCAUUAUGUUACUAGAGACUUUAUCACAUCUGGGCUGGAAAGGACUCUCUCGACUGGUAAUUUUGACAUCAAAAGGUUCAAGAUGCACAGAAAAGGGAUGACCCAGGUGCUAGCUAGGUUAUCAUUUAUAGGGACCAUGGGGCAUGUGACAAGAAUCUCUCCGCAGUUUGAGAAAUCCAGGAAAGUAAGUGGACCUAGAGCUUUACAGCCUAGCCAGUGGGGAAUGCUUUGUCCCUGUGAUACUCCAGAAGGCGAGGCCUGUGGAUUGGUGAAAAACCUGGCUUUGAUGACUCAUGUUACUACUGAUGAAGAGGAGGGCCCCCUAAUUUCUCUGUGCUAUUCUUUGGGUGUUGAAGAUUUGGAACUGCUCUCUGGGGAAGAGCUUCACACGCCAAAUUCAUUUCUUAUUAUUUUUAAUGGGCUGAUACUUGGCAAGCAUCGGAGGCCACAGCGUUUUGCUACUGCAAUGAGAAAGUUGAGGAGGGCUGGAAAAAUUGGCGAGUUUGUAAGUGUUUUUGUCAAUGAAAAGCAGCGGUGUGUUUACUUGGCUUCAGAUGGCGGUAGAGUUUGUCGUCCACUCGUCAUUGCUGACAAGGGCAUAUCAAGAGUCAAAGAGCAUCAUAUGAAGGAGUUAAUGGAUGGAGUGCGCACAUUUGAUGAUUUUUUACGUGAUGGCUUGAUUGAGUAUCUUGAUGUUAAUGAGGAAAACAAUGCCCUGAUUGCUUUAUAUGAAGGAGAUGCUACAGCAGAAACUACUCAUAUUGAAAUUGAGCCUUUUACCAUCUUAGGGGUUAUUGCAGGGCUUAUUCCCUAUCCUCAUCAUAAUCAGUCACCCCGAAACACUUAUCAGUGUGCGAUGGGAAAACAAGCUAUGGGGAAUAUAGCUUACAAUCAGCUUUGCCGGAUGGACACCUUGUUGUACCUACUGGUUUAUCCUCAACGACCUUUGCUGACUACCAGGACAAUUGAACUGGUUGGGUAUGAUAAGCUUGGAGCCGGCCAGAAUGCCACAGUGGCUGUUAUGAGCUAUAGUGGCUAUGACAUAGAGGAUGCAAUUGUCAUGAACAAGGCAUCUCUUGAUCGUGGGUUUGGCCGUUGCAUUGUUAUGAAAAAGUACACUGCUAUUAAUCAAAAGUAUGAUAAUAACACAUCAGAUAGGAUACUUAGGCCUGAUAGAACUGCAGAUAAUGCGGGGCGUAUGCAGAUACUUGAUGAUGAUGGGCUUGCUGCACCUGGGGAAAUUAUAAGGCCAAAUGACAUAUAUAUCAAUAAACAAUCCCCUAUCAAUACGAAGACUGAAAUGAAAGGAUCUGCUGCAAAUUUGCCUGAUAGCGCAUAUCAACCUAGUAUACAAACAUUCAAAGGUCCUGAAGGAGAAUCUUGUGUAGUGGACAGAGUGGUUCUGUGCUCUGAUAAGGAUAACAACAUGUGUAUCAAAUUUUUGAUUCGUCAUACUCGUAGGCCAGAGCUUGGUGACAAAUUUAGCAGCAGACAUGGGCAAAAAGGUGUUUGUGGAACAAUCGUUCAGCAGGAAGACUUCCCAUUUUCUGAGCGUGGCAUUUGUCCUGAUCUGAUUAUGAAUCCUCAUGGAUUUCCUAGUCGUAUGACAGUUGGAAAGAUGAUAGAGCUACUUGGGGGAAAGGCUGGGGUUUCGUGUGGUAGAUUCCAUUAUGGAAGUGCUUUUGGAGAAAGAAGUGGCCAUGCCGACAAGGUUGAAACUAUAAGUGAAACUCUUGUGAAGCAUGGGUUCAACUACAGUGGGAAAGACUUCAUUUAUUCAGGUAUUACGGGUUGCCCGUUGCAAGCAUAUAUUUUUAUGGGGCCAAUUUACUACCAGAAAUUAAAACACAUGGUGCUUGAUAAAAUGCAUGCUCGAGGAAAUGGUCCACGUGCAAUGAUGACUAGACAACCUACAGAAGGGAGGGCUAGAAAUGGAGGUCUACGGGUUGGAGAAAUGGAACGUGAUUGUUUGAUUGCUUAUGGUGCUAGUAUGUUGAUUUAUGAGAGGCUUAUGUUAUCUAGUGAUCCUUUUGAAGUUCAGGUCUGUAGGAAGUGUGGCUUGUUAGGGUAUUACCACCAUAAGCUGAAAACUGGAAUUUGUUCAUUUUGUAAAAAUGGAGAUAAUAUUUCUGCCAUGAAACUACCGUAUGCUUGCAAGCUCUUGAUCCAGGAGCUUCAAUCAAUGAAUAUUGCACCUCGCUUGAAACUGGCAGAGGCAUAAAGGAGUGAAGACUAGAUUCUCUCCUCUCUUUUUUUCCCGCUUUAUUUAGGCGUGCUUAAAUACUCUAGCAACUUCACGUUUUUGGAUCUCUUGAUGUGAAGCACAUACUCUUCUGCCACACACUUUUAUAUGCAACUGGAGAUUCUUGGACAUAAACGACAGGAGAGAUUCCAUUGGCGAGUCGUAAGGUGAUGAGCUGCUUCUUGCUUUGUAAAUUAAAAUGUAAAGGAUAGCCAUUCCAUCGAAAAUUGAAGAUGGAAGUAUAAAGGAAAAAAAAAAUCAUUUUAUCCCAAAUUAGGGGUUUUAAAUUUUGAAAUUAUCUUCAAGAAUGUAAUGACAUAAGUAAUAGCAUGAAAUACCAAAUUCUAUGUAUAUACGUGAUAUAAAUUUAAGUCUCUCCAGUAUGAAACUGUAAUUUUAAAUAUAGUUGAUGGGAAGUCUUCAAUUA